AUGAACCAGAUCCAAGCCACCAAGCGCAUCAACGACUAUGCCCUCGAGACGGGCGACCUCUCGUGGCACGAUCAGUACAAGGACUCGGCCUAUGUCAACGUCGGCGGCCUUCCGCCAAACCUCACAGAGGGCGACGUCAUCACCAUCUUCUCCCAGUACGGCGAGAUCGUCGACAUCAACAUGCCGCGCGACCCGCAGACGGGCAAGCCCCGCGGGUUCGCGUGGCUCAUGUACGCCGACCAGCGCUCGACCGUCCUCGCCGUCGACAACCUCAACGGCGCCACCGUCCUCGGCCGCACCCUGCGCGUCGACCACGUCCUC